AUGUCAGAUCAAUCAAAUACACCUCCUACUACUCCUACUACUCAGGAUUAUCCAUCAUUACAACAAGAUUUACCAUCUCAUUUCUUUGGUUUAAAUUCAGUCUCAGUUGCUGAACCAUCUAAAGUUACUGAUUUUGUUAAAUCUCAUCAAGGUCAUACUGUAAUCUCCAAAAUUUUAAUUGCCAAUAAUGGUAUUGCUGCAGUUAAAGAAAUUAGAUCAGUUAGAAAAUGGGCUUAUGAAACCUUUGGUGAUGAAAGAGCUAUUCAAUUUACUGUCAUGGCAACUCCAGAAGAUUUAGAAGCUAAUGCAGAAUAUAUUAGAAUGGCUGAUCAAUUCGUUGAAGUUCCAGGUGGUACUAAUAACAAUAAUUAUGCCAAUGUUGAUUUAAUUGUCGAAAUUGCUGAAAGAACUAAUGUUCAUGCUGUUUGGGCUGGUUGGGGUCAUGCUUCUGAAAAUCCACUUUUACCAGAAAGUUUAGCUGCUUCUCCAAAGAAAAUUGUCUUUAUUGGUCCUCCAGGUUCUGCUAUGAGAUCUUUAGGUGAUAAGAUUUCUUCUACUAUUGUUGCUCAACAUGCUAAAGUUCCAUGUAUUCCUUGGUCAGGUACUGGUGUUGAUGAAGUUCAAAUUGAUGAAAAAACCAAUUUAGUUUCUGUUAGUGAAGAUGUUUAUUCUAAAGGUUGUUGUACUAGUCCAGAAGAUGGUUUAGUUAAAGCUAAAGAAAUUGGAUUCCCAGUCAUGAUUAAAGCUUCUGAAGGUGGUGGUGGUAAAGGUAUUAGAAAAGUUGAUAAUGAAGAAAAUUUUAUUACUUUAUAUAAUCAAGCUGCCAAUGAAAUCCCAGGUUCUCCAAUUUUUAUUAUGAAAUUAGCUGGUGAUGCCAGACAUUUAGAAGUUCAAUUAUUAGCUGAUCAAUAUGGUACUAAUAUUUCCCUUUUUGGAAGAGAUUGUUCUGUUCAAAGAAGACAUCAAAAGAUUAUUGAAGAAGCUCCAGUUACUAUUGCCAACAAGGAAACUUUCCAUGAAAUGGAAAAUGCUGCAGUUAGAUUAGGUCAAUUAGUUGGUUAUGUUUCUGCUGGUACUGUUGAAUAUCUUUAUUCUCAUUCUGAAGAUAAAUUUUACUUUUUAGAAUUAAAUCCAAGAUUACAAGUUGAACAUCCAACUACUGAAAUGGUUACUGGUGUCAAUUUACCAGCUGCUCAAUUACAAAUUGCUAUGGGUAUUCCAAUGCAUAGAAUUAGAGAUAUUAGAACCCUUUAUGGUGUUGAUCCUCAUACUACUACUGAUAUUGAUUUUGAAUUCAAAACUGAAAGUUCAUUAGUUACUCAAAGAAGACCAGCUCCAAAGGGUCAUUGUACUGCUUGUCGUAUUACUUCUGAAGAUCCUGGUGAAGGUUUUAAACCAUCUGGUGGUUCCUUACAUGAAUUAAACUUUAGAUCAUCAUCAAAUGUUUGGGGUUAUUUCUCAGUUGGUAAUCAAUCUUCAAUUCAUUCAUUUUCAGAUUCUCAAUUUGGUCAUAUUUUUGCCUUUGGUGAAAAUCGUCAAGCUUCUAGAAAACAUAUGGUUGUUGCCCUUAAAGAAUUAAGUAUUAGAGGUGAUUUUAGAACUACUGUUGAAUAUUUGAUUAAAUUAUUAGAAACUCCAGAUUUUGAAGAUAAUACCAUUACAACUGGUUGGUUAGAUGAAUUAAUUACCAAGAAAUUAACUGCUGAAAGACCUGAUCCAAUUGUUGCCGUUGUUUGUGGUGCUGUUACCAAAGCUCAUAUUAAGGCUGAUGAAGAAAGAAAAGAAUUUACUCAAUCUUUAGAAAAAGGACAAGUUCCACAUAAGAAUAAUUUAAAAACUGUUUUCCCAGUUGAAUUUAUUUAUGAAGGUGAAAGAUAUAAAUUUACAGUUACUAAAUCUUCAGAAGAUAAAUAUACUUUAUUCCUUAAUGGUUCUCGUGUUGUUGUUGUAGCUCGUCCAUUAUCUGAUGGUGGUUUAUUAGUUGCCGUUGGUGGAAAAUCUCAUUCUGUCUAUUGGAAAGAAGAAGCUGCUGCUACUAGAUUAUCAGUUGAUGGUAAGACUUGUUUAUUAGAAAUUGAAAAUGAUCCAACUCAAUUAAGAACUCCAUCUCCAGGUAAAUUAGUUAAAUAUUUAGUUGAAAGUGGUGAACAUGUUAAUGCUGGUCAACCAUAUGCUGAAGUUGAAGUCAUGAAGAUGUGUAUGCCUUUAAUUGCUCAAGAAAAUGGUAUUGUUCAAUUAAUCAAACAACCAGGGUCUACUGUUAAUGCUGGUGAUAUCUUGGCUAUUUUAGCUCUUGAUGAUCCAUCUAAAGUCAAACAUGCUAAACCAUUUGAAGGUACUUUACCAGAAUUAGGUGAACCAAAUGUUACUGGUAAUAAGCCAGCUCAUAAAUUUGAAUAUUUUGCUAAUAUUUUGAAAAAUAUCUUGGGUGGUUAUGAUAAUCAAGCUAUUAUGAGUUCUACUUUGAAGAAUUUGGUUGAAGUAUUGAAGGAUAGAGAAUUACCUUAUUCUGAAUGGAAUCAAUGUAUUUCUGCUUUACAUUCAAGAUUACCUGCUAAAUUGGAUGAAUCAUUAACUACAUUAAUUGAAAGAUCUCAAUCUAGAAAUGUUGAUUUCCCAGCUCGUCAAAUUUUGAAACAAAUUAUUAAGGCUGUUGCUGAUUCUCAUGAUGAUUUAUUGAAGGAUGUUGUUGCUCCAUUAGUUGCAAUUGCUACUCGUUAUCAACAUGGUGUGGUUGAACAUGAAUAUGAUUUCUUUGCUGGUUUGAUCAAUGAAUAUUACAAUGUUGAAAGUUUAUUCUGUGGUGAUAAUGUUAGAGAAGAUGAUGUUGUUUUGAAAUUGAGAGAUGAAAAUAAAUCUGAUUUGAACAAGGUUAUUGGUGCUUGUUUAUCUCAUUCUAGAGUCAGUGCUAAGAAUAAUUUAGUGAUUGCUAUUUUGGAACUUUAUCAACCAUUAUUACAAGGAAAUUCAUCAGUUGCUACUUCUAUUAGAGAUUCAUUAAAGAAAUUAGUUCAAUUGGAUUCACGUAGUUGUGCUAAGGUUACUUUAAAAGCUAGAGAAAUCUUGAUUCAAUGUUCAUUACCAUCUAUUCAAGAAAGAUCUGAUCAAUUAGAACAUAUCUUAAGAUCUGCUGUUUUGGAAACUUCUUAUGGUGAAAUUUAUGCUAAACAUAGAGAACCAAAAUUGGAAAUUAUUCAAGAAGUUGUUGAUUCUAAACAUACUGUAUUUGAUGUCUUAUCACAAUUCUUAGUUAAUCCAGAUGAAUGGGUCGCUAUUGCUGCUUCUGAAGUUUAUGUUAGACGUUCUUAUAGAGCUUAUCAAUUGAAUCAAAUCCAAUACCAUUUCCAUGAUCGUUUACCAAUUAUUGAAUGGAAGUUCCAAUUACCAAACAUGGCGUCAUCUCGUUAUAAUGCUGUUCAAACUCCAUCAGGUGAUGAAGAAGCUACUGCUAUGAAACAUGCUGCUUCUGUUUCUGAUUUAUCUUUUGUUGUUGAUUCCAAAUCUGAAAACUUGGCUAGAACUGGUCUUUUGGUUCCAUGUAGACAUGUUGAUGACGUUGAUGAAAUGUUGAUUGCUGCAUUAGAAAGAAUCCACCCAAGUGAUGCCAUUAGUUUCAAAGCUAAAGGUAAAGCUCAAAAGGAUGCUCAAUUAAUGAAUGUUUUGAAUGUUGUUGUUACCAAUAUUGAUGGAUAUGAAACUGAAGAAGAAAUCUUGGGUAGAAUCAAUGAAAUUUUGGAUGAAUAUAGAGAUGAUUUGAUUAAUGCUGGUAUUCGUCGUAUUACCUUUGUUGUUGCUCAUAAAGUAGGUAGUUAUCCAAAGUAUUAUACUUUUACUGGUCCAGAUUAUCUUGAAAACAAGGUUAUUAGACACAUUGAACCUGCUUUAGCUUUCCAAUUAGAAUUAGCCAGAUUAGCCAACUUUGACAUCAAACCAAUUUUCACUGAUAACAGAAACAUUCAUGUUUAUGAAGCUGUUGGUAAGAAAGCUCCAUCUGAUAAGAGAUUCUUUACUAGAGGUAUUGUUAGACCUGGUAUUAUUAGAGAUGAAAUUAGUAUUAGUGAAUAUUUGAUUGCUGAAUCCAAUAGAUUAAUGAGUGAUAUUUUGGAUGCUUUAGAAGUUAUUGAUACUUCCAAUUCUGAUUUGAAUCAUAUUUUCAUCAAUUUCUCCAAUGUUUUCAAUGUCCAACCAUCUGAAGUUGAAGCUGCUUUCGGUUCAUUCUUAGAAAGAUUCGGUAGAAGAUUAUGGAGAUUAAGAGUUACUGGUGCUGAAAUUAGAAUUGUUUGUACUGAUCAAGCUGGUAAUUCAUUCCCAUUAAGAGCUAUUAUCAACAAUGUUUCUGGUUAUGUUGUCAAAUCUGAAUUAUAUAUGGAAGUUAAGAAUGCUAAUGGUGAUUGGGUAUUUAAAUCAAUUGGUCAUCCUGGAUCUAUGCAUUUAAGACCAAUUUCUACUCCUUAUCCUGCUAAAGAAUCUUUACAACCAAAACGUUAUAGAGCUCAUAAUAUGGGUACUACUUAUGUUUAUGAUUUCCCAGAAUUAUUCCGUCAAGCUACUAUUUCUCAAUGGAAGAAGCAUGGUAAGAAAGCUCCAAAGGAUGUUUUCACUUCAUUAGAAUUGAUUCAUGAUGAAAAUGAUCAUUUAGCUGCUGUUGAAAGAGAACCUGGUUCCAAUAAGAUUGGUAUGGUUGGUUUCAAGGUUAUUGCCAAGACUCCAGAAUAUCCUCGUGGUCGUCAAUUUAUUAUUGUUGCUAAUGAUAUCACUCAUAAGAUUGGUUCUUUCGGUCCUGAAGAAGAUGAUUAUUUCAACAAAUGUACUGAAUUAGCUAGAGAAUUGGGUAUUCCAAGAAUUUAUCUUUCUGCCAACUCAGGUGCUAGAAUUGGUGUUGCUGAUGAAUUGAUUCCAUUAUUCCAAGUUGCUUGGAAUGAAGAAGGUUCUCCAGAUAAAGGUUUCAAAUACUUGUAUUUGACUCCAGAAGCUAAGAAGGCUAUUGAUGAUGAUGGCAAAGGUGAUACUAUUGUUACUGAACGUUUUGUUGAAAAUGGUCAAGAACGUCAUGUCAUUAAGGCAAUCAUUGGUGCUGAAGAUGGUUUGGGUGUUGAAUGUCUUAAGGGUUCUGGUUUGAUUGCUGGUGCAACUUCUAGAGCUUAUAAGGAUAUUUUCACUAUUACUUUAGUCACUUGUAGAUCUGUUGGUAUUGGUGCUUAUUUAGUCAGAUUAGGUCAAAGAGCUAUUCAAAUUGAAGGUCAACCAAUCAUUUUAACUGGUGCUCCAGCUAUCAACAAAUUAUUAGGUAGAGAAGUUUAUACUUCUAACUUACAAUUAGGUGGUACUCAAAUCAUGUACAGAAAUGGUGUUUCUCAUUUAACUGCUAAUGAUGAUUUAGCUGGUGUUGAAAAGAUUCUUGAAUGGUUAUCUUAUGUUCCAGCUCAACGUGGUAUGCCAGUUCCAAUCUUAGAAUCUACUGAUCCAUGGAAUAGAGAUAUUGACUACUAUCCACCAAAACAAGAAACUUAUGAUGUUAGAUGGAUGAUUGAAGGUAGAGAGAUUGAUGGUGAAUUUGAAUCUGGUUUAUUUGAUAAAGGAUCUUUCCAAGAAACUUUAUCUGGUUGGGCUAAGGGUAUUGUUGUUGGUAGAGCUCGUCUUGGUGGUAUUCCAAUUGGUGUUAUUGGUGUUGAAACUAGAACUAUUGAAAACUUAAUCCCAGCUGAUCCUGCUAAUCCUGAUUCUACUGAAACUUUGAUUCAAGAAGCUGGUCAAGUUUGGUAUCCUAACUCUGCUUUCAAGACUGCUCAAGCUAUUAAUGAUUUCAAUAAUGGUGAACAAUUACCUUUGAUGAUUUUGGCUAAUUGGAGAGGUUUCUCUGGUGGUCAAAGAGAUAUGUACAAUGAAGUUCUUAAGUAUGGUUCUUAUAUUGUUGAUGCCUUAGUUGAUUUCAAACAACCAAUCUUUACUUAUAUUCCUCCAACUGGUGAAUUAAGAGGUGGUUCUUGGGUUGUUGUUGAUCCAACUAUUAAUCCAGAUAUGAUGGAAAUGUAUGCUGAUAUCGAUUCUAGAGCCGGUGUUUUGGAACCAGAAGGUAUGGUUGGUAUUAAAUAUAGACGUGAUAAGUUAUUGGCUACUAUGGCAAGAUUAGAUCCAACCUAUUCUGAAUUAAAGGCUAAAUUAAAUGACAGUUCAUUAUCUGCUGAAGAACACUCUCAAGUUACUGCUAAGAUUGUUGCUCGUGAAAAGGCUUUGUUACCUAUUUAUGCUCAAAUCUCUGUUCAAUUUGCUGAUUUACAUGAUAGAUCUGGUCGUAUGUUGGCUAAAGGUGUUAUUAGAAAGGAAAUCAAAUGGACUGAAGCAAGAAGAUAUUUCUUCUGGCGUUUACGUCGUAGAUUGAAUGAAGAAUAUGUCUUGAGACUUAUUGGUGAACAAGUUAAGAAUGCUAGUAAAUUAGAAAAGGUUGCUAGAUUGAAGAGUUGGAUGCCAACUGUUGACUAUGAAGAUGAUGAAGCUGUUAGUACUUGGAUUGAAGAACAUCAUGGUAAGUUACAAAAGAAGAUUGAAGAAUUGAAACAUGAAGCUAAUCAUGCUAAUAUUGUCAAAUUAUUACAUGAAGAUCCAAACACUGCUGUUACUGCUAUGAAAGAUUUCAUUGGAACUCUUUCUGAUGAACAAAAGGAACAAUUCCUUAAUAUAGAUGCAUUCAAAGAAUAUGAUGGAAACCUUCCUGAGUCACAACAAGUCAAAGACUAUAUAACUAAUAACUUUACAAUUGGAAACUUUUCAGGUUUUACUGGUGACUUCGACAAGACUCAACUCCAAAGAUUAAGAAAAUCUCCCCUUGUUGAUGAAAUUAGUCCCGAUAUUACAUUGAAAUCAUUUGAUGAUAAGGAACAAGAGGAUGCACCUAAGCAUUUGGCAAGGUUAAGUAGACAAUCAAGAAUGAAGCCAGGAAAGAUUUAUCCCUAUCUUUACGAUGAUCAUUUCACGGGGAAGAAGGUGAAUGCAUAUGUCAUAGAUUCCGGUAUUCAAAUUGGUCAUCCUGAAUUUCAAGGCAGAGCACGAACAGGGAAAGAUUUUACUGGAGAAGGGUCUGGGGAUAUUAAUGGUCAUGGAACUCAUGUGGCAGGAUUGAUUGGGUCUCAAACCUAUGGAGUGGCAAAAAAAGUUGAGAUGUUUGAAGUGAAAGCGAUGAACUCGAAAGGCUAUUCCACAUUAAGUGUGGUAUUAAAGGCAAUUGAAUUUUGUGUGAAUCAUCGUGAAAAAUCACAAAGAUUGGGGGUUGCCAAUUUAUCAAUGGGUGCCUAUAAGAAUUUAAUACUAAACAGAGCAAUUGAAGAAGCAUUCAAUACUGGUCUAGUUAUGGUGGUUGCUGCAGGAAACUCCAAUAUUAAUGCAUGUCUCACGAGUCCAGCUAGUUCGAAAUAUGCAAUCACAGUGGGAGCAAUUGAUGAUUACAAUGAUGUUAUUGCCAAUUUCUCAAAUUGGGGAGAAUGUGUUGAUAUUUUAUCUAGUGGUGUCACAGUCAAAAGUGUGGAUGCCCAUAAUAAACACAAAUCACUGGUACGGUCAGGGACUUCUAUGUCUUCUGCGAUAGUUACAGGGUUGGUUGUUCAGUUGUUAAGCGAAGGGGUGGACCCACCUGACAUCCGAAAGUCCUUGAUGGCAAUGUCUACUGAAGAUAAAAUCCCUGAUAGAUCACUAUUUCUUAAAAGAGGCACACCCAAUAGAAUUGCAGGCAAUGGACUAUUUGUCCCAGAAAAGCAAUACGACCUGGAUGGAAAUAGUUUUGAUUAA